AGAUGACCUCUCCUUAUAAAGCUUAGCAACCACGGCUAAAUCUUGAAAUCAUUAGUCAUUAAAACUUAAAGAAAAUGAUGAUAUUUAAACUGUGGCUGUAUUUUUAACGUGUCAAUAACGUAACUUGUGUCAUGACGUUGUUUGUCAAAUAAUUAUACUUGUUUAACGUAACGCUGUUUUUUUUUAUUUCAGUAAACGUCGGGGAUGCUAAAACUUUGCCACCAAGUUUGUUUUUAGCGUUAAUCUAAUAAGAAGAGUUUACUACGUUAAUGUGUGGGGUGUAGUCGUUUUAACGUUACGUUGUUUAUCUCGACCGUCUGUUUACCUGGAUAAAAGACACAAUGUUGGGCAUUGUAAGCAGGUCUUUGCGCGCAAACUCUGCCAGGCUCAUACAAAGAUGUACAAUGUCCACACAGAGUAAACUUGAAGGAAUGGUGGUUGCGCCAUAUACUCCAUUUAACAGUAAAGGUGAGGUAGAUUAUACAAACUUCGAGACGUGUGCCAAGUACUUCGAAAAGUCCCAUUUUAACGGAAUGUUCGUUAAUGGAACGCUGGCGGAAGGUAUGAGCUUAUCAUGUAAGGAGAGAAUGGAAACAGCCGAGAAGUGGAAAGAGGUCUCAAACAGGUUAUUUAUCAUCUUGCAUAUUGGUACUGGGAAUCUGAAAGAAAGUCAGGAACUGGCUAAGCAUGCUGAAUCUAUCGGCGUUGACGCGAUAGCUGCCUUGCCACCAACCUACCAUAAACCAACUACGGAAGAACAGUUAGUUGCGUAUAUAGAAGAAGUGGCAGGAGCGGCACCCAAUACGCCUAUGCUGUAUUAUGAAUAUAAUGUGACAACGGGAGUUUAUUUGAAAAUUCCACGAUUUCUUGAGCUUGCUGAAAAUAGAAUUCCAACAUUAUAUGGACUUAAACACACUUCUCCGGAGCUCAGCUCUGCUGUGAAUUGUGCCAACGUUUGUAAUGAAAAAUACAAAGUUUUCUUUGGCACCGAAACGCAAUAUUUACCAACACUUUGUCUUGGUAUACCGGAUGUUAUAACAUCACCAUAUUUGGGCAAAUGUUUCUAUAACCUGAAAGCUGCCUUUGAGAAAGACGAAAGAGAACUUGCCCAGGAAUAUCAGUUAAAAGCUCAACAACUUAACAAUAUACAAAUGAAGCAUGGUGGUGGUAUUUCAUGCUCGAAAGCAUUAUUUGAGAUUGUUUCAGGAAUCACGAUGGGGGCUCCUAGGCUACCAUUAUCACCAGUGCCUCAGCAAGUUAAAGAUGCUAUGAAGAAAGAUUUGAUAGAGGAGGGUUUUCUCGCCGACAUUACCUUCACGGAGGAAGAUUUUGACAGUAUUUUACUUACAUAUUAGUGGUGGGAAUUUGGGCAAGAAAUAGGAUGAACAAAAAUUAUAAAAAUGUUGUCAACUAGUGUCAGAAAGUAACUUACCAAAGAAUAUAUUUAAAACAUAUUGUUAAAGUUGUAAUAGUCAAGUUUUAUGAAAAUGUCAACUCGUUCUACAAUAUAUCUUUUAGAAUCACGAUUGAGUUUUUUGUGCAGUUUUUGAAACAUAUUUUUAAAAAAUCAAGAUAAUUGAUUGAUCAAUCAUUACUUAUGACUAUGAAAUGGGGUAAAAACUCUGUCGAAUGAUUCGUAAACAUAUUUUUAACAUCGCCGUCAUUCCAUGACUUCCUAAUCAGUCCAUCAUUAGUACAUAGGAUUUACAUGGAAAAUAGACGCUAAACAUAAGUUGAACAAAUAUUUUGGCCAGGGGACAAAUGAAAUUUUGCGGGUUUUAUUGCUCGGAAUUUUAUAACUUUAAUUAUUUUAGAUCUUGUACUUUUGGAUUUAAUUAUUCAAAUAAACCGUUGUUAAUUAUAUUCAAUUUUGAUAUAGGGUUAAAUUGUACCUUGUUUUAAUUUGAAUAUGAACAAUAUGUUUAUUUUGUACGGGUUAACAUUUCGUUAAUUACAUGACAGUGUUUAUAAUUGCAUUUUGUUCUGUUUUAUAACAAAACUCAAGGAUUACAAAUCUAAGUGAUCGGUAAAUAUCGACUUAUGUCGAGUAAUAUGGAACGUAAGUGGUUUGACUCAGGUGCUCCGAGAUCUUCCUCUGACAUUAAAGCUUGAAAGUCA